GAUUUGUUUUUUUGUUGUUUUGUGAACUGUUUGUGAGCCUCUAGUUGAUUAAUUGGAUUUUAUCCGAUAAAAAUGAUGAUAAUAAUAAUAAUUCGGAAACAUUUCACAUAUCCUCAGUUAUGACAAAACUAAUAGAAACAAUAGAAAACAUAUAGAAAUAGAAACCUUUCAGCUAAUCAUCUCAAAAUAAACAACACAGAUUGAAUUAAAUCACUCGCGUCUAGUAGUAGACCCAACGUUUAUGUGGGCGCAAAUCCCGACAGCUCUAGUCUAUGGCGCGCAGUUUUAAACUUACAUUUAGUGCUACUGGAAGGAGGAGUAUAUUUAAAUGAAUUUCAAUAUUUCCGUAUUUAUUUGAAUUGUUCUUAUAUCUCUAUACUUGUAACUUGUAUUUGACUCACACCACUAGCUUUCCCUUUACGAAAUUUUUUUUGUUCAAAAUAUUCGCCUAUGUUUACUGAUAAUUAUCCACCUUUUUAUUGUAUCUUUCCCUUCGACGUUUACAAAUCCACUGGCAUGCACUUUAAUGGCAUAAUCGCAUUUUAGUGAUGCUUCGAGUGGAGCUAUUUCAUACUCUUCUCCAAAAUGUCCGUGACUUUCAGAUUUUAGAUUUACAAAUUAUCUUCGUAUUUGCAUAAAGGACACAUUCAUUGGUUGGACCAACAGGGAGUUGUAAUUCUUAUUUUCUAUACCUGAAAUAUUUAAGAGAGUUCAAUUUUGUUAUAUUUUCGGCAAUAACUGAACUAUCAUUCUGUAAUUGUUUAAAAGAAAACCAAAAUUACAGCAAAUCUCAUAUGUCAAUGAUAUAGAAAGAGACAUUCACUCCUCAGGACUGAGGGCUGCCUACAUUUUUAUUUUGCCUCACUUUUAUCGUGCAUAGAGUCCGUUCCAGAUCAGAGACAAGUCUUGUCUCUGUCCAGAUACUUGAAUUAGAUAAUUGAUGUGGAAUGGGGACAUAACCUCAUUAUUUGUUUAUUUAUUCUUAACAGCUGAUGUUGAUGUUGAGUAGGUUUCAGGCCGUUUCAGGCUGUUUUGUUGGUUUUUACAAUUUCUGUUUUCUCAUAUGAAUGAUUUUAAUAUCCAAUAUUUAAUAGGUGGGUAAAUCUAGCAUUGCAACCAUUUUGUUUUAAUUUUAAAUGGCAAUAUUGUUCCAUCGCUUUGUUUGAUGCAAAGCUCAUCUCCAACCAUCGGAAAGUGAAUAGAUAGCAGCGAAACGAACUCUGUUACAGCCAUUAACUUAAACACAGGAAUAUGGAUGACCACUCGAGGACCAUUGUACAUAUAGACAUAGACUGUUUUUACGCUCAAGUUGAAAUGCUGAAAGAGCCCAACUUAAAAGAUAAGCCGUUAGGAAUAAGACAAAAAAAUAUGGUAGUUACCAGCAACUAUAUUGCUAGAGAAUAUGGAAUUAAAAAGUGCAUGUCGGUUGGAGAGUCAAAGAAGUUAUGCCCCCAAUUAGUGCUGGUGAAUGGUGAAGAUUUGUAUGAUUACAGACAUGCUUCUCAGAAUGUUUCAGAGCUUUUACAAGAAUUCUCACACCUGGUUGAAAGGUUGGGGCUGGAUGAAAAUUUUAUUGAUAUAACAGAUUUAGUGAGUAAAAGAGCUGAGAACGACGUUACGGUAGUGGGAUACUCAUUUGGAGAUAAAAAUGCGAUUUCAUGUGACUGUGGAUGUGAGCGACGGAUUCGCAUCGGAUCUCAAAUCGCACAAGAAAUUAGGAAUACGAUAUUUGAAAAGCUUCAACUUACUACUUGUGCGGGAAUAGCUCACAAUAAGAUUCUAGCCAAAGUAGUUGGCUCCAAAAACAAACCCAACAAGCAGACUGUAGUGUAUCCUAAUAGUGCAUCGGAAUUGAUCCUUAGCUUGGGAAGCGUCCAAAACGUUCCGUGGAUUGGACAAGUAACUGCCGAAGCCUUGAGAACAAUAUCUAUAAACAGCGUUGAAGACUUACAAAACUGUAGUAGAAGCCAACUAGCAAAUAUUUUUGAUCCAGAAAAAGCCCUGAGUCUACUAAAUCUCAGUGUGGGUAUAGACAAUACGGCUGUAAAAAGAAGUGGGAAGCCGCAAAGUAUUGGCCUGGAAGAUGCUUGCAAGCUCACUCAACCGAAAGAAGUGGAACUCAAGUUCCGAGUACUCCUGAAACGUCUGCUCACAAUCGUCAACGAAGACGGAAGAGUUCCUAAAGUAUUAAAAAUCGUAGUGAGAAAAUUAGAUAAAACGCAUCCACAAGGAGGUGCCAGAGAAACAAGACAAUCCAACAUAAAUAUUCCGCCAUGUAACGAAGAGCAAAUAAUUCAAGUUGCUAUGAGCCUAUUUUGGAAAACUGUCGACAAAGCGAAAAUGUUCAGUAUUAUUGGUUUAGGACUGUCAUUUUCAAAGUUCGUGGAUAAACCGAGUGAAACAAACACGUUGACUGCUUUUCUAUUCAAAAAUGUAAAACCACCUCGAGAGCUGAAUAGUGAAAUACCCGUGGAACCAAAUCCUAAGCGUAUUAAGCUAUUUUCAUCAGAAAGCUCUUCAUCGGAAGCAAACUCUUCUGUUAAAAUCGAGUGUCCUGCGGACGUUGAUCCGGAUGUGUUCAAAGAGCUGCCUUUCGACAUGCAAAAAGAAGUCUGGGACGACUAUAAGAGCAAAACUGCCCGAAGCAAAUGUGCGCACACCAAUAAAUCUAGCAAAAAAACCGUACAAAUUAAUACUUUAUUUAAUUAUAUGACAAGGAAAUAAUGUGCUUGUUUUUACAAAAUAUAGACAGUGCCAAGUA